AUGUAUUUGGUGCCCCAUGUGAACUUGUUUUGUGGUUUUGUGCAAUUUGGAAUUGACUCAUUGGACAAUGUUGGGGAGGAAACAAAGUUUGCAGCGAAAAGGAAAGUGGGUCAUCAUGGGUAUUUGAAUUUGAGCGGAAAUCACGGAAAAGAUACGGGUGGAGGAGAAGUUGUCAUUAUUUGUGGCUUGACGUCGUUCUCAGAAAAAGCUUAUUUAGAAGACUUUUACUGGCCAACUUGGCCAAACAACUUAGACCUUAUAUUCUACAUUUCCUCUUGCAAUUCAUCAUGGAUCAUAGGACCAAUAACUUCCAAAUGUGAAACAGAAAGAUUCAUCAUAGGAUCAAUAACUUCCAAAUGUGAAACAGAAAGGACACGAGGUAGUCUCUAUCAUUCCUACGUAGUACCGAUAUCUCUGAAAACAGACGUGUCCGUGUCGGUGUUGGACAUUUGCAUCGACACUUGUAAUUUCGUUUAA